AUGCUCACGGCCUUCACCUGUCUCGGUCUGCUGCUCAUUCAGGCUGCGCAGAUCCACAGACUGCGAGAGGAGCUGUGGGGUUUGAAACUGCGGGUCGGAGCAUUCUGCGGAGAGGAAACAGAUGCUGCGCGCUGCGGGGUACCCACCCUUUAUGGUCGAGUGGGGACACUGGGCCAAGAUGAGGGGCGAAUGAGGAGGGAGGCGCCAAGGAAAGGAGCACGGAGGCUUCGGCAGACUGGACAAAGUGCUUUUCUGCAUCUUCAGCCCCUGUCCUCGCAAUCUUUCGAUGAAGAGGACAAGACAGUGCUGAAAUGGACUGUAGGACAGAGUCAAGGGGAGGGGCUAAAUGUGUCUGGGGAGGCGGUCACCGUGAUAACAGGAGGUCUCUACUUCAUCUAUAGUCAGGUCCUGUAUGAGGAUUCCACGUACGUCAUGGGUCAUGUGAUCAGGAAGCGGAUUGAUGGCAAUGAAGUCAGACUGAUGAAGUGCAUGAAGAGCAUGCCCGACAACAUCACUUAUGCGCUCAACACCUGCUACACUGCAGGUAUUCAGUACCUGGAGGCUGGCUCUGUUCUGGAACUCUCUAUUCCUCGUAAGAACGCAGGACUUGACCUCCAACCGCACUCCACCUUCAUGGGCAUCUACAAACUCUGAUACCAAACUGCCUGAACACUGAGCAGAACCACAUACACUGUACACCCCCACAGAAAAUGAGCACACAGGACAAGUUCAGCACCAGCUCUCCGCACUGUCAUAAAUAACUCAACACCAGACUGAUACACUGUACAGACUGAACACGCAAACCAUCGCACACUGACUGAGCACUGACGCAUGUUCAGUAUUAUCGUCAAAGAACGUGAAAUGAGUACCGAACACUGUCACAAAACGCUGUGCUGCACUCAGGGUGCACUGACCUUGCUACACACCGUUUCCCAGCCCUUUCCCAGUCGUGAGAACGCGAUUGCAUGUGUGGGUUCCUGUUCCAGCUCUUAGUUAAUUAUCAUCCAUUGAGCUGGCACCAUUUGGCAUAAAGGUUUAAAAAAAGAUUGAAUGGCCCCCUUACAAUACAUAAAAGGUGAUAACCAGGGAAUCUGAUUCUUCAAUUAAAAUUCGAAGAGUCAUGGAUUCAAAACUCUAUCUUUACAAGACUGUAGUUCAACCAAAGGCACCCCCUUGUGGCAAUACAACAUACUUUCAAGUGCACCCUGUAAAGUAUAAAGGGGACAUUUUUUUCCUCUUUGUGAGGUUAGAAUACUUGUUUGUUGGGUGAUAAAUCACACCUGACAUCAGAAUAAAAGCAUUAUUUAGAAAGCAUAAGAAAAAAGUCAACUUAAUUUUCAACUAUUUCAGAGGAAAAUGAGAGCUAAGCUCAACAGAGCAAACACCAUACCCCUCACCCCUACAAGCUACUGUUAUCAGUUACUCCACUCCUUUUCACAUGUCAUAAGCUUCAUCCACCCAUAACUUUGUCAGUUAUACACACAGUCGUGCAUGUACACAUGCAUACACGCCAAUGCACACACACACACACACGC